UCUUCUCUUCUCCCCGCGCGAAUCGCCGCCACUUCGCCAAUUCCAGCGAGGACGCCACCGACCCUCUCUCUCUCUCUCUCUCUCUCGCUCUCGCUCUCUCUCGCGCGCGCGGACGCUCCACCAACCCACCCCACGCCCCCUCCUUCGCGAGCUCCGCUGUUCCUGGAGGUGGCGGCCGGGGGAGUAGGAGGAGGAGGAGGAGGUCAGGCGGUGGUCCGCGUCGGCGACUACGAACGACGAGGCGGAGAUAGGGUUGGAGGUGGUUGGCGGCAUUGCAGGUGCUGGGUAGGAGGGCGGAGGUGGAGGCGGUCCUGUGGUGGUGGUGGUGGUGGUGCGUGGUCCGCGGCCGGACGCAGCGGCAGCCAUGCUUUUCGCCAAGCUCGAUGACUCCCCCAUGCUCCGCACGCAGAUACAAUCACUGGAAGAAAGUUCUGAAAUUCUGAGGGAGAGGUGUUUGAAGUUUCAUAAAGGUUGCCACAAGUAUACAGAAGGAUUAGGAGAAGCUUAUGAUGGAGAUAUUGCAUUUGCAAGUUCACUUGAAACAUUCGGUGGAGGUCACAAUGACCCUAUAAGUGUUGCCUUUGGUGGACCUGUUUUGACCAAAUUUACAAUUGCCUUGAGAGAAAUAGGAACAUAUAAGGAAGUCCUCCGCUCACAGGUUGAGCACAUGCUAAAUGAUAGAUUGCUGAAUUUUGUGGACAUUGACUUGCAUGAUGUUAAGGAUGCACGGAAGCGUUUUGACAAGGCUAGCCUGUUGUAUGACCAAGUUCGUGAGAAGUACCUAUCACUGAAGAAAGGCACACGAGCCGACAUAACAACUGCCAUUGAAGAUGAACUUCACAAUGCUAGAUCUUCAUUUGAGCAAGCCCGUUUCAACCUGGUCACUUCACUUUCCCAUAUUGAGGCAAAGAAGAGAUUUGAGUUUUUGGAGGCUGUUAGUUCAACUAUGGAUUCUCAUCUUCGAUAUUUUAAACAAGGAUAUGAACUAUUGCAUCAGAUGGAGCCAUAUAUUAAUCAGGUUCUUGCCUAUGCACAGCAAUCAAGAGAAAGGGCAAACAAGGAGCAAGCUUCUCUUGUAGAGAGGAUGCAUGAAUACAAAAAGCAGAUAGAUCGGGAAAUUCGGUCAUCAAAUGGUUUGGGUGAUGUCCAUAAUGGUGAUGGGAUACAAACGAUUGCUAGAAGUUCACAUAAAAUGAUUGAGGCAGUGAUGCAGACAGCCUCAAAAGGCAAGGUCCAGACCAUUCGUCAAGGUUACCUCUCAAAAAGAUCUUCAAACUUGAGAGCUGAUUGGAAACGAAGAUUUUUUGUCCUUGAUAGUCGAGGAAUGCUGUACUACUAUCGCAAGCAAAUUAAUAGAACACCUGGUGGUUGUUCCAGCCAUCAAAGAAGUGUCGGCAACCCCCCUGAACAUGGUUCUGGGUUGCUGAGCAGAUUAUUCUCAUCUCAUUACCAUGGCAUAAUACAUGAUGAGAAAUCAGUUGCUCGGCAUACCGUUAAUUUGCUGACAUCAACCAUUAAAAUGGAUGCAGAACAAUCAGAUCUUAGGUUCUGCUUCAGAAUAAUUUCACCCACAAAGGUCUAUACACUACAGGCAGAGAGUGCAGUAGAUCAAAUGGAUUGGAUUGAAAAGAUUACUGGUGUCAUUGCAUCUUUGCUUAGCUCACAAUCCCCAGAACAGUGUCUUAUGUUAAGCCCUAAGAGCAGUGGCCAUGAUUGCAGUGGCAGCGAGAGUAGCUCCUUUACUAGUCUGGAACUGGAACCUUCCAUGAAUGAUGAUUUAACACUGGAAAAGAACACUGGAAAUGGGCAACAUGAUGUCAGAGGCACACAUCAUCACAAGACCAACAUGAAACCUGAAAAACCAAUUGACUUGCUUAGGAAAGUUGAUGGCAAUAGCAUCUGUGCUGAUUGUGGUGCUCUGGAACCUGAUUGGGCAUCAUUAAACCUUGGGGCACUUCUGUGCAUAGAGUGCUCUGGGGUACACAGAAAUCUCGGAGUGCAUAUAUCAAAGGUAAGAUCUCUGACGCUUGAUGUCAGAGUCUGGGAACCAUCUGUAAUCACUCUCUUUCAAUCAUUAGGCAACAACUUUGUCAAUAAUAUUUGGGAAGAAAUUUUACCUUCGUCAAGAAAUGGUGAAUCCGAUGACAAAUUGCGUGCUCAUGGAUUAGACAUGGCACGGCACUUCACAGUCAGCAAGCCUAAACACUCAGAUCCUUUCUCUGCCAAAGAGAAGUUUAUCCAUGCCAAGUAUGCUGAUAAGGAAUUCGUACAAAAGCACAGCAUGGAUGAGAUUCAGCUAGGUCAGCAGAUGUGGGAUAAUGUGACUGCAAAUGACAAGAAAGCCAUAUACAGUCUCGUUGUGCGAUUCCAUGCCAAUGUAAAUUUGGUUUAUGGAGAGAUGUCCUGUAGUUCAAGUUCGACUGCUGGAAAAUCAGUUGUGCAGGAGCAAUCUGCCUCACCAUCUGAUGGAAGCCCUGUAUUUUUCGAUUGCCAUUCACAUGAAAAAAGUUCUCCCAGAGAGCCCCUUUCUCCUGCCAGCACAAGUUCACGUGCAGAUGAUGGGGAGGAAAGAUGCGAAGGUUUCUCCUUGCUUCAUCUUGCAUGUCAUGUUGCAGAUGUUGGAAUGGUUGAAUUACUUUUGCAGUACGGAGCUAAUGUAAAUGCGAUUGACUCAAGAGGUCGGACACCCCUUCAUUACUGUAUAUUGAAAGGAAGACAUGUGCAUGCUAAGCUUCUACUCUCCAGGGGGGCUAAUCCACAAGUCGCGGACCAAGAUGGCAGGACAUCACUACAGUGUGCCGUCGACGGUGGAACAAGCGACGAAGAGAUUCUUGUGUUGUUAGACGACCAUACUAGAUAAAAUCUGGUGGGGAAAAGCCCUUGCUUCAGUAGUAUUUCUUCUGUGACGAAGAGAUUCUGAAGCUUCAGUAGCAGGAUGUGCUGCCCUUUCUUCUCCUUCAUACCAUUUCGUCUCGCUGGCUCUUUUAGCGUAAGCUAUCCUUAUUUAUGCUCAUCUCGCAAACCAGUUUGGUUUUGUUUGUAGAUGAUUCAUGCGUAGUAUGUAACUAUGUAAGUUUGUAUAUCGAUCGAGUUGUGUAAUUUUCUUUUCUUUGUAAUAUCAUCUUUGAACCAGAGAUAGGCCCCCUAGCUUCCACUUUCCACGAGAUGGUUGGCUGUACAUAUCGAGAUGUGUCAUUGGGAUUUAUUAUGAAAUGCGAAAUAUCAGCAUUGUUGAUGAAAAGUACUGCUCUUGGAUAGU